CACAAAUCAAGCUUCAGUUUUAUCAUAUCACCAACUCAAGAGAAAAAGGGUUUUAGGUUUUCAUCAAUCGAAAUCAAUCAGCCAGAGACGAAAUCAAAUUCCAGAGAAAGAUGGGAGCUCAGAAAAAAGGCGGCGCUAGGGUUUCCGACGACACGGAAGAACAAACCCGUCAACGUCUCCAAGCCAUCCUCCUCGCCGACAGCUUCACAACAAAAUUCCGUCCCGUAACCCUAGAACGCCCCAAGGUCCUCCUACCCUUAGCCAACGUCCCAAUGAUCGACUACACCUUAGCCUGGCUCGAAUCCGCCGGCAUCGAAGAAGUCUUCGUCUUCUGCUGCGCUCACUCCACUCAAAUCACCGAUUACCUCCAAACCUCCUCCGAGCAACAAUCCCACCCAAACCUCCUCGUCAGAACCAUCGAAUCCCACCGAUCGAUCUCCGCGGGAGACGCCUUGCGUUACAUCUACGAGCAGCAAACGGAGACCUCGCAGAUCCAGGGAGACUUCGUCCUCGUGAGCGGAGACACCGUCAGCAACAUGCCGUUGGCGGAUUUGAUUAGAGAGCAUAGGGAGAGGAAGAAGAAGGACGAGAAAGCCAUCAUGACGAUGGUUAUCAAGAAAUCGAAACCCUCGCCGAUGACGCGUCAGUCGAGGCUUGGGACCGAUGAGCUUUUUGUAGCCGUUGAUCCGGUGACGAAGCAGCUUCUUCAUUACGAGGUUGAUCACGUGAGAGGGAGUGUGUGUUUAGAUAAAGCCUUGAUGGAGAGUAAUCCGUCUGUUAUGAUUUGUAACGAUAUGCAGGAUUGUUAUAUCGAUGUGUGUUCUCCCGAGGUGCUUAGUCUCUUUGAGGAUAACUUUGAUUACCAGCAUCUGCGGCGUGAUUUUUUUAAAGGUGUGCUUGGUGAUGAUAUCAUGGGGUAUAAGAUUUUCACUCAUGAGAUUGGGUCGAGUUACGCUUCUAGGGUUGAUAAUUUCAGGAGUUAUGAUACUGUUAGUAAGGAUAUAAUCCAGAGGUGGACUUAUCCUUAUGUCCCGGAUGUUAAUUUUAGUGGGAACCGUCCUUUGAAGGUUGGGAGGCAAGGGGUUUACAAGGCUUCUGAUGUGGUUCAGUCACGUUCUGCUGAUGUUGGGGCUUGUAGUGUUGUUGGUUACGGGACGAAGAUUGGGAAUGGGGGUAGGGUUUUGAACUCGGUUAUUGGGAAUGGGUGUUGUAUUGGAGCUGAUGUGGUGAUUGAAGGGUCUUAUGUAUGGGAUAAUGUUGUGAUUGAAGAUGGGUGUGAGAUAAGGAAUGCGAUUGUGUGUGAUGGUGUGAGGAUCAGAGCAGGGGCUGUUUUGCAGCCUGGUGUUGUUCUGUCUUUUAAGGUUGUUGUUGGGAGGGGGUUUGUUGUUCCUGCGUAUUCUAAGGUUUCGUUGCUUCAGCAGCCGAUGAAGGAAGACAGUGAUGAGGAGCUGGAGUAUGCUGAUAGUAGCAGCGGGACUGCAGAUCGUUUGUCUGGUUUGAGUUUGGAGAUGGAGUCUAAAGGAUCUGAGCUUGGUCCUGAUGGAGUAGGUUAUAUAUGGGAAGUAUGUGAAGGGGCUCAUGAUGAGGAGUGGAAGCAUUCUGUUGCGCCAAUCCCUGAGGAUAAACUCGCUGAGAUCAUUCAAGCCAUGGAGGAUGAUGACACGGAGGACGAAAUUGUUCCCCGGAAGUCUGAAGAGUUGAAAUCUGAUGUUGAUAGUGUCAACACUGAUGUGAAUGAUCCAGGUGAUGACUAUGGUUACUUUGAGAGAGAAGUUGAAGGUACAUUCUUAAGGGCCGUUGAAGAGGGUAUCAAAGUGGAACUUGGAAUUUUGGAGAUAAACUCACUUCGGUUGUCAUACAACAUGGAAUCUGCGGAUUGUGCUGGAGCAAUAUUCUACGCUAUGAUGAAACUGGCAGUUGAUACUCCACACAGCUCUCUUCGUGAGUUGUCUGAAAAUGCGUCGAGUAUCAUUGCGAAAUGGAAGGGACUUCUUGGUAACUAUGUAAAGCAUACUGAUGAACAGAUAGAAGUGAUAAUGAAGUUUGAAGAGAUGUGUCAGGAAACUGCAAGGGAGUUGAGCCCUUUGUUUGCGCAGAUCCUGCAAGUUCUGUAUGACAAAGAAGUGGUGCAGGAAGAUGCGAUAUUGAGAUGGGCGGAAGAGAAAGCCGGGGCGGAUGAAGCUGACAAAGUUUAUCUGCAGCAAUGUGAGGCGUUCAUACAGUGGCUCAAGGAAGCAUCUGAGGAGGAAGAUGAAGAAGAAGAAGAAGACUGAAUUGGUAAUGAUAAUUCUACUUGAAAGCAAUUUGGGAUGGUCUCAUAUUUUGAUUGAUUAUUUUACUUUUUGAGAGAUGCUCUGCUUUUAUCAACAACCUUGUUUUCCAUGUUUCUUUUGUUGUUCGGUGAGGUAUUGUCUCAGCCAUCUGAGUUUGCAGAUGUGGUUGACAAUAUAUGUUGACUAAAACCUCAUGUUUAACUAUCCUUUGUCGAC